AUGCAAGACAAGGUCUGUGUCAACAAGAAGCAACUGAAGAACCAUGUUCGGAUCAAGCACCGUCGCCCAGCUAAAAACACAACCUUGGCUGCUCAACCUCAGCAGCCAGAUAAGGCUAAACAAGCUCCUGUCGCGGGUUUCCAUUGUACUCCCUGUCGAAAAACCUUCAAGACCCAGCACGGACUCCAACGUCAUACUGGCGAUAAGCAUGGCCCCGCGACCAACAAGUGCGCCAUUUGCAACGAGGGCUUCCGCUUCCGCUCAUCUCUAGAGCAACAUCAAAGAGAAAAGCAUACUACCGAGACAACCCCUCCGGAAGCAUGCCAGCCUGAUCAGAGUGGUCCAGCCGAUGAUUCUGAUGAUUCUUUUGAUUCCGCUGCAUAUGAAUCAGAGCCGCUAUCUGAUGAUGGUGAGGCCAUGCGCUUGCCGGAACACGGUGAACCAAUUACAGGACUUGUCAGAUGUGUAGGUAGGGUUCUCGGGUGUCGCGAAAAGUUCAACCUAGCCUCCGAGAUGCUAUAUCAUAUCGAGCACAGCCAAUGUGGCAGGAUGUGGAAAGCCAGCAUGUCUCCCCAAUUAAUGGAGGAGAUGGGGGAAGAGGGUCGUCGCCUUAUUAAGGGGGGGUGGUCAUACAGAUGCUACAAAUGCAAGAACGAAGAGGAUAGAAACACAAUUAUGGAACUUCACUCUCUUUUCGAGCACGCCGAGAGUGGCAAAUGCGAUUUGAAGGUUCGCACCGGUCCUCUCGUUGACGUUCACAAUGCCCUUCUGAAGUAUGCACUUGACGAGAAAACCAAAGAUGACAGGAUUUAUAACGCGAAGAAGUGGCCGGGGCCUGAAUACGAUUACCAUGAUGGCCUUCACUGGCCGGAGCAUGGCGAAACGGUCCACAUGAGGAUCAAAUGUUUGGGCAUAGAUCUCGGCUGCGAUAGAGCGUUCAACAGUGCCUCUCAGAUGCUGCGUCACGUUGAGUUCGAAAAGUGCGAGGGGUCUCCGUCUUUUUCGCCAUAUGGGCGAUGGCCGCUACAGGUGCUCCGAGUGCAGGGGAAGACGUAA